AUGACAGAAGAGGAUUUGAAAGUCGCAGAAGCUUCGAAUGAAGCUGCGCCAGAAGAAGACGAGGAGGACGAUUACAUGAACAUGAUAAUUUCCGAGCCCGUCAAACCGCGAGAGAAGGAAACAUACACCCAACGACGACAGCGCAUACAGCGAGAAUCGGAAGCGCGAUCGCGCACGAAGUCGAAGGCUGAGAUAGCGGCGGAGGAAAAUGCUGCGAGGGAAGACGCGUUGUCGAAAUCGAUGUUGGAGGCGCCGGGGAAUGCGAAUAGUAAGGGGUUGAAGAUGAUGGCGAAUAUGGGGUUUAAGCCGGGGGUUGCGCUGGGGGCGAAGGAUAAUGUUGGGGCGAGGUUGGAACCGGUGGGAGUGACGAUUAAAGAAGGCAAGGGAGGAAUCGGGUUGGAUGAAGAGAAGAAGAGGAAGUUUAGGGAGGAAGUGGAACGGGAGGGGAAGAGGGCUAAGGCCGAGGAGGGGGAGUAUAGGGAGAGGGUUAGGAAAGAGAGGGAGGAUGCGAGAUUGGAAGGGAUGGUGGGCGCAGCGAUGAGGGUUGCGGAGAGGAUGCACGGGGAAAGAGAGGAAGAGGAAAUGGAGAACACAAUUGAUAAGGUGAGCGAGGGAUCUGGGGAAACUAAAGACGAACUUAAACGCAAAAUAUCGACCAAACCGUUGAAGCAGAUCAACAUUUUAUGGAGAGGAUUAGUUCGGAAGCGCGAAGAAAAGGAAAGGGAUAGAAGGAUGAGAUAUGAUCUCCAACAAAGUUUAUCACGUUUACCGACCUACGAUGAUGCGGACGAAGACAAGGAUGACAAGAGAGCAAUCGGAAAGGACAGGAUCCAGCAUACUCUUGUAGAGGAUUUGGAAGAAGAGGACCCUGAGCUUGAUGCUUUCAAUCUACUGGAACCGACUGAGAGACUGCAAAAGAUCGUUGAACAUUUGAGGUCGCAGUACAAUUAUUGCUUCUUCUGCAAAUACACAUAUCCCGACGAUUCAAUGGAUGGCUGUCCAGGUUUAACGGAGGAAGAUCAUGAUUAG